AUGAACCAGCGCCCGCGACAACGACAGCAAUCACUCGAGGCGGUCACCGACACGUCAGAGAAGUCUUACUCGGCAACUCCUCCAGGGCGCAAGCAGAGCGUCAGCUAUCCGUCUGACAAUUCGUCAACGGCGGUCGUGUUCGACCCCGAUGACAUGGAGACGGGUCUUGACCUGUACUUCAAGUAUUGUCACAGACAGCCGAUCUGGUGCUUUGAGCGUGAGGAGGUUGGCGACUACAGGACUCUCCCGGAAGACCUAGCCAGCAGCAUCCUCGCCCUGACCUCACGAUUCUCCGAUAAGCGCGACCAUUUGCAACUGUACAGUAAUAAUGCAAAGACUUUGAUCAUGCUGAGGAUAGCAAACGGCACAGUAGACCUCACGACCAUCGAGAGCCUUUGUCUUCUUUCUUAUUCAUCAUUCAUAGAUCGCAAGAAACGACUUUUCUGGAGUCUUCAGUUGCUGGAGCAAUCGUACGGCCGGCAAGACGGUCUGCUCAGUGUGCCAACGGACAUAUGGCGACCGGCGUACUCUACGGGAGGCGUCAACCACACGGACGGAGAAACCAAAGCGCCACCGUUGCCCCGAGACAACCUCGGAACGUCAACACCAAGUGAGCCUGGAAUCUGGAAUACGAGUGUCCGUCUGGGAUGGGUUUGGAGCCAGGUCAGGAAAUACGUGUCCGACUGCUCCCAUAACAUCCUGAAGGAGCCAUGGCGUCAUGACUCCAUGUACGCCAAGGUUCUCUCUGACUUUAUGGAGACUGAGAACCGCAUCCCCAUGUGCCACCGUUACGAUUCGGUCAAGUUCUACGAACGCAAGAUCGACGAGUUGAAGGUGAACCGGGACUACUGGGCCUGCUGGUUGAAAGAACAGUUUACAUACCACGCAAUCCCUACCGUCUUGAAUCAUCCGUUUCUCUACAUUGUCGGAGCACAGCACAAUCCCAAUCUGGGAAUCCCUAAUACGUUUUGGAGGAGAUCAUCUGAGCAAGCCCUGCUUCAUGCCACUUGGAUCGUUCGUAUGAUAGACAUGGUUGUGGACAAGCAGGUGCCGCUGGUAGAUCCGUUCUUUGGACAUGUUGCGGCGAUUGCAGCCACAGUACAUCUGUAUUACUGUUGUGCUGCAGCUGCGAGGUUGAAGCAUAAGUCCAACACCGACUUCGCCAAGUGCAGGAGGUUUUUGAAGAGUUUCAUACCUUGUUCCGCUGCUUGCGAUGCCUUGGAUCGCAACCUUGACAGAAUGACGCGCAUUGCCGCCGGCUCAGAGGGCAUGGACGUUGAAGACUGGAUGCCCUCCAAGAUUUACCUCAGCGUCCCUCUCAUGUGGGAGAUUUUGCAAUUCAACUCGACAACAGACUCGCAAGAGAUUCCCACCGCAGGGCUCCUGGACGCCUCUCUCACACCGGCACUUCCACCAGUUGACACCAGUGAGAACUCGACGCUCGAGAUCAUUGUGGCAACAUCCCCCGAAAUCACAAUCAACACUGCAGAUGGAGGCCAAGAGGCGCCCACCUUGUCUUACAAACCGAGCGAUAACAACAACAAGUUCAAUAACAAUAAGCACAACCUGUCUUCGGCCAACUCUUCCUCUCGGCAAAAUGUCUUUGACACACCAUCCGUCGAGCAAAUUGACAGCCUUACCUUCAACACCACACCAUGGCUGUAUGCAGACUCUUCCCAACUCAUCAACAUCGGAGAACUGCCUGAUCUGCAGUCGGAGCCCGGGAAUGCGUGGUGGGAAGGUGACAACUUCAACAAUAUCAUGUUUAAUCAGUUCUAA